AAUUUGUCAGCUUCCGAACAUUCCGUCGGCUGAGCAGUUUGACAGAACAAGGGAGUUGCAUCAGAAUAAGUAUUAUAUAUAUACAUAUUUAAAGAAGAAAUGGAAAAAUACUUUCAAGAGGAGCGUGGUAUUACAGACAUAACUCUUAUUGUAGAGGAUAAGGAAAUCCAUACUGUUAAAGCAAUCUUAAUGAGUGCUUCGCCAGUAUUCAAAGCCAUGUUUACCUUGGAUUUUAAAGAAAAAACAGCACAGAAGAUACCUCUUCCAGAGAAAAAGUACAAAGAUUUUGUUUUGUUUUUACUCAGGAUUUUUCCCAAGGAAUACAUAGAGCUGAACGAAGAAAAGAUCAAGCGGAUUCUUCCACUAGCAAGAGAAUAUGAAACGACACAAAUCUUGAAAGACUGUGAAGCCUGGAUGAUAUCACGGCUGUCUGUGAAGAAAAGCACAGAAGAUGCUUUCCAGAAUUCCCGCAAUUUUAGGGAUAUUUCCUAUUUACUUGAGUGGUUAACAAUUGCACACGAUUAUGAUUUUGAAAAGCUUUUUGAAAAUCUUCUUGAUGUCAUCUCUGACUAUAACUGGCAAACGUUAAAGAAAUGUUAUACAUACGAACAUAUUUCUCCGGAAAUAAAAACAGAAAUUUUAGAAAAAAGACUUUCCAUAGUUGAAAUGAGUGUGCGAAAUGCACCAAAAUGUUCCUGUGAAUAUAAAAAUCCUGGGUCAAGUGCACUUUCCAAAUUAAAAGAAGAACUGUGGCUCUAAACAAAUGCAAGACUGGAAUAAUAUUUUUACAUAUCAUGUCAUAAUACUAAUAUUUAUAUCUUAUGGGGAGAAAAAUAUAGGAAUUUCUUUUUAUCGAAAAACGAAAUCUCCUCUUUUUAGCUCACCUGAGCCGAAGGCUCAAGUGAGCUUUUCUGAUCACAUUUUGUCAGGCGUCCGUCCGUCUGUCCAUCUGUCUGUAAACUUUUCACUUUUUCUACUUCUUCUCAAGAACCACUGGGCCAAUUUCAACCAAACUUGCCAGUAUCCUUGGGUUAAGAGAAUUCAAGUUUGUUCAUAUGAAGGAUAAUGUCCUCUUCCAAGGGGAGAUAAUUACAAAUUAGUGAAAAAUUAAUAGCAUCUUUUAAAAAUCUUCUUCUCAAGAACCACUGGGCCAGGAAAAUUAAAACUCAUGUGAAAUCAUUUUCAGGUAGUGAAGAUUCAAGUUUAUUAAAAUCAUGACCCUUGGGGGUAGGAUGGGGCCACAAUGGAUGAUCAAAGUUUGACAUAGGAAUAUAUAGGGAAAAAUCUUGAAAAAUCUUCUUCUCAAGAACAGUAAAGCCAUGAUUGGUCAUAUUGAUAUGGAAGCAUUUUCAGAUAGUGUAGAUUCAACUUUGUUCGAAUCAUGACCCCCCAAGGUUAGGGUGGGGCCACAAUUGGGGAUAAAAGUUUUACAUAGGAAUAUAUAGAAAAAAAACUUUAAAAAUCCUCUCAAGAACAGCAAAGCCUUGUUAAGUCAUAUUGAUAUGGAAGAUUCUGAUUAAAUUCGUUUGAAGCAU